GCUCACAACACUAGGCUGUCUCCAAGGCAGGGAGAGGUGGGGGGGGAAGAGAUUGAAUAGGGAACUAAAUUUGUUUAAAUUAAGUAAGGACUUGAGAAAGAAGGCAACAUCAGCUUUUGUUCGGGUUGGAAUUUUUUAAGUUAGCGAGGUCAAUUUUAUACAGUGCCAAGUAUUUUAAAAAAUUAUUUUUCCCGUGAAAAUAAUCGAAGCUCUGAGCGGCGUUGUCAGUGCUGGUGUCGUUGGUAGGAAUUUGUUUUGUAUUUUGUUACUAUAUUUUAUUAUAAAACUAUCCAACAGUAAAAUCGUCAGAGAAUCAAAAUCGCCACCAGUCAACCCUACGACUUGUUACGUUGCCAAAUUAUUUUUUUUGUAUGCGAGCGACAGCGGCGAAUCUUUAUUAUUAAAUAUUGAUUAGAGACAAAAUAGAGAAAACAAAAUCCUACGCCCGAAAACAGGGAUACACUGCGACAGGGAAAGCCUAGCUCGCAUUUCCACCCCACCGUAGUAGACAACCUGAACCAUCCGCCACACGGCUCUCCCCCCACACCACCUUAGCAUGCUGUCCCUGCCACCUCUACCCCCUCUGCUCCUGCUCCUCGCUCUAUCAUCGCCGUGCUUCGCCGCCGGCGCCCGCUACUCCGACGACCUCUUCUACGGCGCCCCGAGCCCCGGCAGCCUCGACGCCGUCCACGCCAACACCCGGCAAGACGACCGCCACCAGCAGCAGCAGCAGGCGAUGACCACCACGGAGUCGGCUGUGCCGAGAGGCGGUCGCCGGGCACGGUUUGCGCUGCAGGACGAGGUCAACCUCCUGGCGUUCGGGCUGCUGCAACUGGGCCAGGGCGUGCGCGAGCUCUCCGAGCGCACGGCGGAGCGGCUGGCGGCGGCCAACGGCGCGGUGGAGCGGGCGGCCGCGGCGGCGCACGGCGCCGAGAGGCGUGCCAGCGAGGCCGAGAGGACGGCGCGGGAGCUGCGGGAGAGGCUGGGCAGGCUGGAGGAGGCCUGGGUGCCGGCGAGGAGGAGAGAGGCGCGGAGAGACGAGUCGGAGUCCCGCGAGGGCGACGAUGCGGGAGCCCUGGAUCCUCCGUCGGAGCUGCGCGAACGGAACGUGGAGUCGACUCGUCUCCGGCUCAAACGAGAGAUGAACCGUCGCGGCGCGUAGCGCCACUCCGUUCCAUCUCCUCCCGUCGUUUCUCGCGAAGCUCAAGUUCUUCUCGGAGGGCGACCGGGAGGACCGCAGGAAGCGGCUUUCAGCCCCGCGACUCUGGCCGCCGCACCAGCACCCCUGGCACGGAGAACCCCACGCGCCCGCGUCGGCGUUCGCCGGCCCGCCCGCCCGCCCGCCAGCCUGCUCGCCUCGCGCGUGCCGACCGACGCGCCAAGCUGACGGCUUCAAAGGCGAAGCGCCAAAAACAAUAAAAACACCGGCUCGUUUCUCAACUCUCCCACGUCGUGUUAGGUUUCCGCGCUUUAAAUAUAUAUUUAUGUAUAACCUAAACAGACUGUUGUAUGUAUGUUGAACUUCUUAUGCGCCGUACGUAGCCGAACAUGCUAAUCGGAGGUGCCAGUGCUGUUAGCGGGUAGCACCUAUGAAGGCCAGCAUGGCACACGAGGGAGUGGUGACCAGCAACACGCUCGGCCACGUUUGUCUGCCUACUGGUACCAGGUACUAAUUUGAGGUUGAGUCGGCCUAGGGGAGGCCUAGGACCGGUUCGAUGUUGGCUGUGAGCGGGAAUCGAACUCGGGUCACCAGGUUCACAGUGCAGCACGCCAACUGAUACGAUACUGCUCCCCAUAUAUACACACACACACAUACACGAUGUAUAUCGGUAAAUCUAACGCGUCGUAGCCAUGCCACGAACCUGACAAACUUCGAAAAAAAACAUUAACUCACAUCUCAAAUUCCUGUGCGUUGUUUCUAUUUUAUACAAACAUUCUAGAUUUGAAGCUUUCGUGACUGCAAAGAUUCAUAUUCUUAGGUUUUUUCGAUUAAGUCACGUAAGUAAAACAUCAAAAAAAAAAAAAAAAAAAAUCACGACGUUUCGGAGGCAACACAAGUCUCCGUCAUCAGGUGGGACCGUCACAGCCGAAUUAGCUGCAUCAAGUGAAGCAAUGAUUCAAGAUGUAAUCCCUUAUAAGCAAGUUGAAGAGAGGUGGAUGUUUUACUUACGUGACUUAACCGAAAAAACCUAAGAAUUAUACAAACAUAAUAACCGCGCGCGAGCGAGGUGCAGAGGGAUUAUUAAGUAGGUUGCUAGAUUCUUCGUUUAGCGACGAGAUGACGGGUGUGAUGUCAAUAAUAAAAGAUUGACGAACAAAA